GCCGCCUGAUCUCCGCGGCGCCCACUCCAGCUGCCACCUCCUCCCCCGAGAGGGCUGCGCGGGCGGGAAGACGCCCAGACGCCAGCUUCGGUCCCCCUUCAGUCUCUCGGUUCCUCUUUCCUCCCAAGUAAGGGAAUAAGCCGCGAGGAAAGAGCGCCCCGGGCCACCGCGCAACCAAGUGUUGCAUGGUGAGGAAGAGGAUUUCUGAACUUACCUUGACUACAGACAGGAGGACGUUGCCCGAGAAAUAAGAGAGGUCUUUUCUCCUCUGCUGAGAGGUGCCCGCUGCUGCCGUGGACACGUGAUUCCUCUCAGAAGACUCCUGAAGGGCUUUAUCUACUGCAUACCUGCAAUGAACCAGGCCCUGGGCCAGGUCUCGAUUCCAGUCUGGUGAAUUAAACUCCAUUCCUGGCCUCAAGUCACUUGCACCCAGCUUAAAGAUGAGUGAAGAACAGUGGAUCUCUCUCACUCCAGAAGAAUUUGGCCAACUCCAGAAAUAUUCAGAAUAUUCCUCCAAGAAGAUAAAGGAUGUCUUGACUGAAUUUAAUGAGGGUGGGAGCCUCAAACAAUUUGACCCACAUGAGCCAAUUAGCUAUGAUGUCUUCAAGCUGUUCAUGAGGACAUACUUGGAGGUGGACCUCCCUCAGUCACUGAGCACUCACCUCUUCCUGGCCUUCAGCCAGAAGCCUAGACAAGAGACCCCUGACCACCCAAAGGAGGAGGCCAGCAGCAACGAGGCCAAUGGCCCAGAUUCCAACAUUCAGAAAGUGGGCAAUGCUGCCAAAGCAGACGAGGCCUGUGCCCCUGAUGCUGAAUCAAAGAUGACUGAGAAGCAAGCAGCAGUUGAAGACCAAGUGGCAGCACCCCCUCUGCAAGACGCUGCUGCUCAGUCUUCAAGCUCGAAAUCCUCCAUAGUGUACCUGAAGGAUGUUGUGUGUUACCUGUCACUGCUGGAGAUGGGGAGACCUCAAGAUAAGCUGGAGUUCAUGUUUCGUCUCUAUGAUUCAGAUGAGAACGGUCUCCUGGACCAAAUGGAGAUGGAUCGCAUUGUCAACCAAAUGCUGCAUAUUGCCCAGUACCUGGAGUGGGAUCCCACAGAGUUAAAGCCUAUACUGAAGGAGAUGCUGCAAGGGAUGGAUUACGACCAAGAUGGCUUUGUGUCAUUACAAGAAUGGGUUCAUGGAGGGAUGACCACCAUCCCCUUGCUGGUCCUCCUAGGGAUGGACGACUCUGCCUCCAAGGGUGACGGGAGACAUGCCUGGACCUUGAAGCACUUCAAGAAACCAACCUACUGCAACUUCUGCCACCUCAUGCUGAUGGGUGUUCGCAAGCAAGGCCUGUGCUGCGUUUACUGUAAAUACACUGUCCAUGAACGCUGUGUAUCCAAAAACAUUCCUGGGUGUGUCAAAACGUGCUCAAAACCCAAAAAAAGCGGCGAGGUGAUGCAGCACGCAUGGGUGGAAGGGAACUCCUCCAUCAAGUGUGACCGGUGCCACAAAAGUAUCAAGUGCUACCAGAGUGUCACCGCGCGGCACUGCGUGUGGUGCCGGAUGACGUUUCACCGCAAAUGUGAAUUAUCAACAUUGUGUGAUGGUGGGGAACUCAGAGACCAUAUUCUUCUGCCCACGUCGAUAUGCCCCAUCACCCGGGACAGGCAAGGUGGAAUAUCUGAUGGCAGCGUGUCAGCCAAGGGCGAACUUGUGAUGCAGUAUAAGAUCAUUCCCACCCCGGGUACCCAUCCCCUGCUGGUCUUGGUGAACCCCAAGAGUGGAGGGAGACAAGGAGAAAGAAUUCUUCGGAAAUUCCACUAUCUGCUCAACCCCAAACAAGUUUUCAACCUGGACAAUGGGGGGCCUACUCCAGGAUUGAACUUUUUCCGUGAUACCCCAGACUUCCGUGUUUUGGCCUGCGGAGGAGACGGGACAGUUGGCUGGAUUUUGGAUUGCAUUGAUAAGGCCAACUUUGCAAAGCAUCCACCAGUGGCGGUCCUGCCUCUUGGGACAGGAAACGACCUUGCCCGUUGCCUUCGCUGGGGAGGAGGUUACGAGGGGGGCAGCUUGACGAAAAUCCUGAAGGACAUUGAGCAGAGUCCCCUGGUGAUGCUGGACCGUUGGCAUCUGGAAGUCAUCCCCAGAGAGGAGGUAGAAAAUGGGGACCAGGUUCCGUAUAGCAUCAUGAACAACUAUUUCUCCAUUGGUGUGGAUGCUUCCAUUGCACACAGAUUCCACAUGAUGAGAGAGAAACACCCUGAAAAAUUCAACAGCAGGAUGAAGAACAAGCUGUGGUACUUUGAAUUUGGCACCUCGGAGACAUUUGCCGCCACCUGCAAGAAACUCCAUGACCACAUUGAGUUGGAGUGUGAUGGGGUUGGGGUGGACCUGAGCAACAUCUUCCUGGAAGGCAUUGCCAUUCUCAACAUUCCAAGCAUGUAUGGAGGCACCAAUCUCUGGGGAGAAACCAAGAAGAACCGGUCUGUGAUCUGGGAGAGCAGGAAGGGUGUCACUGACCCCAAAGAACUGAAAUUCUGCGUCCAAGACCUCAGCGACCAACUCCUUGAAGUGGUGGGGCUAGAGGGAGCCAUGGAGAUGGGCCAGAUCUACACCGGCCUGAAGAGUGCGGGCAAGCGGCUGGCCCAGUGCUCCUCCGUCACCAUCAGGACUAACAAGCUGCUGCCAAUGCAAGUGGAUGGAGAGCCCUGGAUGCAGCCACGAUGCACGAUUAAAAUUACCCACAAGAACCAAGCACCCAUGAUGAUGGGGCCUCCCCAGAAGAGCAGCUUCUUCUCACUGAGGAGGAAGAGCCGUUCAAAAGACUAAACAGUGCGCCAAAUGCCAGCUUAACCAUGAGAGAAAACAAGAAACUGUAACUACACAUUCAACACACACACAUUUAUGUGCACACAUACAUAUGCACACACACACAUUUCUCCAAUCAGUGGAAGCAAAGUCACCCUUCAGGAAGAAAACUUCACCUUGUCAUGCAGUCUACCCAUUUCAGUAAUGGGUAUACCCCAACAGAGCCAGCGCCAACAAAACAUUUUGAAGGGACUUAGGGCCCACACGGGUGUGGUUGGUUCAUGCGGCAGCCUCCACUUCCAUGGGUCUUGAGUAGAACUUUCUGAGACUGAAGGAGAAAUCCUCCUUUCUUUCCACCAGCCUGCAAGUUUCCUCAUGGACACUCGCAAGGAACAGACUACAGGUUUCCUGCCUAUGGUGAGAUCGGAUGUGGCCAAGGGAAAGCACUCCAGUUCCAAAGAACUUGCACAAAGCUCCCUCUGUACCGAGACAAAACGCCCUCCGGUUCUCAGAGCAUAAUCCUUGGCAGGGCCCAGCAAGCGCACGUUGGUUUCUUGGUUGUUCUUUCAGCGACAACUUCUCCCUGAACUUGCUGAGAAGGCAAAAAAAGGCCAUGGAAAACUGUGUUUCUUUCCAUUCUUGGUUUUCUGUGCCAUCAGUGGGCACUUGUUAUUUUCCCAAAGGCUUCUUCUGGUGGCUGUGUGUUUGUUUAGAGGCAGCUCCAAGAACCCCCAGAGCUCCCUGCGCAGCACACCUUAGAUGUGGUAUUUAUUUUCUUAACUCUGUGAACACCUGGGAGGGAAAAGCAGAGAAACUGGGAUUUAUUUUUUCAAAUUGGUGUCAUAAUAUUGUGUAAAAAGGGAAGAAAAAAAACCACCCCCAGCUUCUUUCUUUUUCAAGCCAGAGUGUGUUUCCUGUUUGAGUUCCAAGUCCUGGUGGCAGACUAUUCCUGAAGGCAGAAAAGAUGGGAUGGAAGGGACUUUGCUGCGGAAACCAGGAGACAAACCAUCAGGCAGUUUCCUCCUAUUUCUUUGCACUCCCCAAUCCCAGAGGAUGACCUGAAGGACCGUCUGAUGGUCGUGUGUGUGUGUGUGUGUGUGUGUGUGUGUGUGUGUGUAUGCAAUCUAUAUAUUUAUAUGUAUAAAUAUUUAUUUACAAUGGACUUUUCCUGAUUGGGGAAAAAACAUAGGUAGUAUGGGAACAAAACAUGAGAAAGAAAAAGAAAGUUAUACUCCCCUACUCCAUUUCAUUAUCAAGACACAUUACUCUAUGGUGGUCAUAAGGUUUAAGGGAAUGAAAGUAGCUCUUUAUCAUGAAGAGAUUGAGAACUCCUAUUCUGGAUCCUCAAAACAAUCAUGAAAGAUAUGCAGGGCAGGAUUUACUCUCCCAUUUUCAGAUAAGGAAAUUGAGUCUCAGAAAAGUUGAGGCUUGUCUGUAGAAUCUUGGCUAAUGUGGUUUGAGAGUAGGCGCCACUAAGAAGAUAUUUAACAGAGCAAAGAACAUCUCAGAAUUGGAUCAUUUAUGGUCACUGAGAAGUGAAUCCUCUUGGAUCCAGGUUGCCGGGGAAGAACACAUGGAUAGCACAUGCAUGGAUGGGACAAGCCCACAGGAGAAAACAGGGGUCUCAUGAUGCUUCUCAGGGGUUCAGUCUAGUCUGAACUGCAGUGAAGUUGAUCUGAGUUUGAAGGCACUGGGCAGAUAAUCAAAUUGAACUCUUCACAUGUCACCUCAUCAUGGUCAUCAUGGUCUUUCAGUUUGGAAACACCCCUAACUGCAAGGAUGACCUCAGUGGAGAGUCACAGGGAGGACUGAGGCACCUGCUGCAAGACACUGCCAUCUAGGACAAAGGGGUCUCAGGAGAGCUCAACGGGCUUCAUUCAGCUGGUGCCACAAUUACUCUUCUUUCCCAAGGGCAAGUCUGUGCAAAGCUUCAUUGGGUCUCCAUCCCUCUCUGAGAUUUCUCAAGAGGAAACUUGUGUCCACCUGACAUCAUUCCACUGAGCUGCCUCUAAUCUCCUUGCAUCAGGCCAGGAGCUUUGGCCAAGGAAGAGAAUAUUAAGAUUUUGUGUACAAGCUGAACCUAACUCUGAAGGAAGCAAUCCUCUAAGACCAUCUGGGACUAAGAUGUGGGACCAUUGUCCUCGACCUAACAGCACAGAAUCCUGGGCAAAGGGAAAACCAGGCUACGUGAAGAAUAUCCUUAAUGAUGGGAUCCUUGGUGAUGGGACCAACGAGUUCCAGAAUGACUACAGGUACUAUCUCAGAAGCCACUUGAUUCUGAAACUGAGGUGGGUUCAGGUUUGUGGUCACUGAUUCUAAGACACUUGCAGAAGUUUUUGCAUGUGUUUCAGUCCUGAUGCCCCAAGACUAAGACUGUUGAAACACGACACUAUCAACAGGUGAAAUUGAUUCUCAGCUCCUCACAAGUCUCAUGAAGUGGCUAUACAGAGACUGGCCCUUACCUGCACUACCCAAGUGCACAGGACUUGCAAUGUUGCUUGAGAUACAUACUUUAAGUUCUCCUUAGAAACCUCUGUGGAAUUGCACUUUCGAUUCGGUAACCUUAGUAAGUCUUGUGUUAUUUAAUCUUACUUUGCAGAUCAUCAUUUAAACACUGUGACUGUGGUUUCUUAUCAUAGAAUACUUCAUCAUAUUGACCUUCACAGAAACUUCUGAAGUUAGCAGAGAAGGUAUUAUUAUCUCAACAGUAAGAGAACAAGGCUUAAUGAGGUUAUAUGACUUCGCAGAGCCACACAGUUAGGGGAGAACAUAGUUCCUUAUUUCUUGUCGUAUUAUGAUUCUGUUCAUGCUACAGACAUGUUCUCACCUGCCCCCACACUUCCAACCCACUAGAAAUAAAAACAAUAAAACAGGAAAUCUUCA